AGUAAUCCAAGAUGGAAUAUAAAAUGAUGAGCGUUUUAUAUCCGGAUCUCUUCCAUACUCUUCUUGAGCCUUGUGUGGAACCUGUUCUGAAAUUUUUAAGUUUUGAUUCAAAGAUUGACCGUCCCAUCAACAUAGUGGAUUUUAGUACGUGUCUAGGAAGCACUUUUUGCCCAUUUCUGAAAAUUCUGAUAGAACAAAUUCGAAACAAGUCACAAUGUCGAGAAAUUGCUGUUUACCUCAACGAUCAGAAGACAAACGAUUUCAACGCUUUGGUCAGGAAUAUUGCAGGAUUUCAAGAAGAAGAGAAUGAUCCCUUCCUCCGAAUAUUCAUCAAUCCUAGCAGUGUUUAUGAACGUUGUCUUCCGGCAUCCAGUAUCGACAUCGGUAUUUGCUCAUUCGUGGUGCACUGGCUAUCCACGCCGAUACGUGUUGAAAAGGAGUUAUUUUACUUUCCUGGAAAGACAGAGAAAGAUGAUGAAAUUGAAGAAAAGGCUGCUAAGGAUUGGGACAAUUUUCUUCACUCGAGAUCCAGAGAGAUGAAAAAAGGUGCUGUGUUCCUUGUAGUUGUACUCUACUAUUCUAGAGAAUUACAUGAAAUUAUGUGUGAUGAAUUCUAUCAACUUUAUGAAAGAAAUAUCAUAACAAAGGAAGAAUUCUCAAAUACAACCGUACCAGUGUACCCCUGCAGAACAGAGACCGACCUCAGGGCACCGUUUGACGACAUUGGACAGCAGAUUGAUAUUAGACUUCUAGAACUGCGGAAAAGACCUAUCAGGAUUUACAAAGACGAGGACAUUGCUAGUCUGAGAUGUUGGAUGAAUAGCAGCAUAAUGGCCGGACUCUGUGGAAUCAGAAAUGAUAAGGAGGCUAAUGAAAUCUGUAACAUUUACUUUCAAAACUUAAAAGAUCGGUUAUCAGACUGGAAAUGGAUGGAUCACUUCGUGUUUGACGUUAUUUUCCAGAAAAUCUAGUGAAUUUUAUCUAACGAAAAUCACUCAGAUCUCAUACUUAUUGUUUUCACUGUUGUAAACAGAUGUAACCUAUCAUUUGGUGGUAUUCUGGCCUCUAGACCAUAAACUGAGAAUAGACAAGUCAAAAUUUUGAUUUUUAAUAUCUUUACUUUUAUUUAAUGUACUUGCUUAAAAAUUUGCAAUUUUAUAUAACAUUUAAAUUCAAAUA